AUGGUCCUCGAGAGACCUCUGCUUUUGGUUACCCUUGGGGGACUUGCCGUGCAUGAGGUUGUCAAAGCCCUGGCUGUCCUGGAGAAUGUAGUAAAGACCUCCCAUGAUGCAGAAGACACCGAAGGAGAACACCCAGAUACGGACGACGGCAACGAUGUGAGUCAUCUUGCUGCCGACGAACCAACCCCAGAUGGCGAAGCAAGAGGCGAUGAUGUCGACGAUCAAGAUGGCACCAGUGAGCUGCCACGAGGGAAUGGAAGACCAGAAGGGACCGUUGGCACGGGUGAUGAAGAUCAGCCAGUUCUCAGUAAGCGAGAUCUCAAGGAAGACAACAGCGUCGAUCUGACCGUUGUUCUGGACAAUACCACCGUCCUCACCGUGCACGAACAUGGUGGUGAUGGUGAUGAAGGUACCGAUGGCCAGGACAACACCGAGAAGGACGGACAUACCCCAGAGCUUGGGGAGGUUCCACUUAACGGGCGACUUGGAGUAAGGAGCGUUGUCGUAGGCGAUGGCCAGGGUAGCGAUAUCGGCAAAGAUGGCGAUGAAAGCGACCAGGUUGAUGUUGAGCGACUGGUUGAGGGCCGCAAUAAGAAUACCAAGGUAGAUCUCCAAGUGGAUGGAAAGAGCGAUACGGUAAACGACGUAGGCGUACAUACGGUGGAAAAUCUGGCGAGAAGUCUUGAGGGCGUCGAUGAUGGCACCAAGACCGGGGGCAAGGAAGACGAUAUCGGCGGCAGAGCGAGCGGCAUCAGAGGCACCCUCGACAGCAAUACCAGUGUCAGCCUUCUUCAGCGAGGGAGCGUCAUUGACACCGUCACCAGUCAUGGCAACCAGGUAACCACGCUGUUGCAGGAUCUCGACGACGUUGUACUUGUGCUGGGGGAAAACCUCGGCGAAACCGUCGGCAGCCUCAACGAAGUCGUAAACCUCAGAGCCGGGCAUGUCACCGCCGCCACCAAGACCAAGGCGCUCAGCGUUGUAGACGUUGGUACCGAGACCGAGCUGGCGGGAAGUCUCGCGGGCGAUGCCAACGGCAUCACCGGUAAGCAUCUUGAUGGACAGACCCAAGUUCUUGGCCUCGUUGAUGGUGCGGGCGGUAUCGUGGCGGGGAGGGUCAGAGCAAGGCAUGAUACCAAGAAUCUCCCAGGCACCCUCGCCACGCUUGCGCGCGACACCAAGGGAACGGAAACCACGGGUAGCGAACUCAGCAACCUUGUUCUUGUAGUCCUGGUCAACAGCCUCGGGGAUCUCGUGGUCCUCCUCGACGGUCUUGAGAACGAAAAGAGGAGCACCCUUGACGCAGGUGAUGAUCUCACCCUGGGGAGACUCGACAAUGGCGGUAACCUUCUUGGAGACGGGGUCGAAGGGGUGGAACUCGAGGACCUUGUACUUGGACAGGGCAGCCUUGGCGCGGGGGUAGUACUUGAGCGACUUCAGGAAAGCCUUGUCAAUGGCGUCCAUACCCUUCUUCUUGCGGGAGGCAGCGAGACAGGCAGUAAGCAUGAGGUCUUCGGGCUCGACACCGGCGACGGUGUAGGGCUCGGAGAGCGAGAGCUUGUUCUUGGUCAGAGUACCGGUCUUGUCGGAGCAGAGAAUCUCGACACCAGCAAGGGACUCGAUGGCACUGAGCUUCUGAACGAUAGCCUUCUUCUUGGCGAGGUAGGCGGCACCGACAGCCAUGGUGGUAGUGACGACAGCGGGGAGACCGACGGGCACACCAAUGAUGGUGAUGGCCAGGGUGAACUCAAGAAUCUGAACGAUGCUGUUGUUGCGGUAGAAAGACGAAACCCAGACGACCAAGUUGGUGAAGACGACCAGGAUCAGGAGAACUGUACCGAUACCGUUAAGCACCUCAGUGAAGUGACCAGUACCGGCGGAAGCAGCGUUGACAAGGGCAGCGGCGCGACCGACGAAGGUGCUGUCACCAGUGGCGGUGAUGACGACGAAAGCCUCACCACGCUUGACGGCCGAAGAAGCGUAGCACUGGUCGCCCUUGUGCUUGUCGACAGCAAGAGACUCGCCAGUGAUGGCAGACUGAUCAACCUGGAGGUAGGCAUCGUCGGUGACAAUGCGACCGUCGGCCGGGAUGAUGGUACCCUCCUCAACCUGAAGAAUGUCACCGGGAACGACCUCGGGGGCCUCGACCUCCUUGAGCUGACCGUCACGGAGGACGACAGCCUUGAGGGCGAGGGUCUUCUUCAACUCGUCAACGAUGGAACCAGCUUGGAACUCCUGGAUGAAACCAACACAGGCGUUAAGCAACACUGA